AGUCGAGUUUACAUGUCAUAUAAAUACGUAGUCAUUCGAUAAGCAAUAUCAGUCGCGUGUCAGUUGAAGUCUUGACUCCACACAUUGUGCUAGUCUUUCCUUAUUUAAUUCAGUGUAUUGAGAGCAAUUUGAGGUCAAUAUAAAUAAAUAAAUUGUUUAAAAAUAAGAUGGAUGGAUGGACUUUGUUAAUAUUUUUUGUAUGCCUUACGUCUAUAACGGAUUCAAGCCCGGUUAUGACGAGGGAGAGUUUGAUAAAGCAAAUAAACACACAACAUUUCUGCGCGAAUAUACUCAAGAUCAACAAUUUUUACUAUUCGCUGGCGGAGAGAAAGAAUUUAAGCGGCAUCCCGGCCGACAUUAGCAUCCACUGGAAGACGGGUAACAUAUUUUUCACGAAAAUAAGCGAAGAAAUGAAAAUGAGCUUGCAGGUGUUACGCCCCAGCGGAGAAUUCGAAACUAUUAAAGUCGCCGGAUUAGGUCAGUCAACUACAGUCGACAAUUUAAAUGACAUUGUUUAUUUGGCCACUGAUAAUGGCGUGUAUAAAUACAAAGACGACGGCUCGAUACAGCUUUACGCGGCUUUAGGAGAGGACGUAAUGUACUUGGCUGUUUCGAAUGACGGCGGAACUAUGUACAUAGCGACGUGGCCACAGAAUCGCGUUCAUAAACUGUCAAAUGACGGACAAAAACAGGAAAUUUUCGCGCCAAUACCGAACGGCCAUGGUUUGACAGUUGACACUAGAAACAAUAUAUAUUUCGUUGCAACGAAAACAUCGUACAUCCUCAAAAACGGAGAGAGCGUACCAAUUAAAAUCAAAGGUCUACCGACGGAUAAAAUGACAGGAAUUUACGUCAGUCGUUCAGAUGAAGUUUACGCUAUGGACGAAAAUAGCAAUCUGUACGUUUUGGAGCCAGAAAACGCUUCGGCCAGGCAUUUGGGAACGUUUAGCGUGAACGGAGUGAAUUCCUUUGCUAUGGACGAGAGCGAUAACAUUUUGAUAGGUGUCAAAAGCGCCAUUUUGAAAUACAAGGGUUACGAGAGGAAUCCAUGUCCGCAGCAAAAAGUCAACAAAAAAGGUAAACGUCACAGUCGUCGACGAAAAACAAAAAAACUGACAACUACGUCUACUACAGAAGCUACUGAAGACUAUGAGGAAGAAUGAUGAAUGUGAAAUGAAAAAUGACAAUCAUUUUGAUGCCAGUCUGCAAAUUGAUUUCAGCGCCAUCUAUGCAAUAGUUUAUGUACUUUAUGAGUUUGAUCCACUGAAUUAGACUCAACGUAAAAAUCAAAGCUUUAAAAAGGGACUGUAGUGCUCACUUUUUCUACUAGAUGUCAGUUUAUGCGAAACGAAGAGAAAAAAAUUGUGAAUAAAAAAUUCCAAAAUGAAA